AUGGGUUCCAUAGAUGGCUUUGUGAUGAAUGGAGGUGAUGGAGAUGAAAGCUACACAAGAAACUCCUCUUUCCAGAAAUCGGCCAUCGACACCUCCAAAUCGCUCGUUCGGAAGUCGAUUGUUGAGCACCUAACAAUCACGAACUCACAAACUUUCCGCAUCGCCGAUUUAGGCUGCUCGGUCGGGCCCAACACUCUCAUCGCCGUGGACAACAUUCUCGAUGCCAUCAAACUCAAACUCUCGACACACUCAAAUAUUCCAGACAACAACAAAAACAACAAUAACAGCAAAAACAGCAGCAACAACAACAACAACAAAAACAACGGCAAAACGACUGCAGAAUUCCACGUCUACUUUAACGACCACGCGCUCAACGACUUCAACACACUCUUCAAGUCCCUCCCGACCGAGAGGGAAUAUUACGCGUCGGGUGUUCCGGGCUCGUUCCACGGUCGGCUUUUUCCGAGCGGGUCCCUCGACGUGGUGCACUGCUCGUCCGCGCUCCAUUGGCUCUCCGAGGCGCCACGCGCGGCGAACCCAGGAAGAGCGUACUGUUGCGGGGCCCGCGAUGAGGUGGCGGACGCGUACGCAUGGCGCCACGCGGAUGACGUGUCUCGGUUUUUGGAGGCGCGGGCUCGCGAGGUGGUGCCGGGAGGGUUGGUCGUGCUGGUCGUCCCGGCUCGGAGGGAUGGGGUCCCAUACACUAGGUUGGGUUGGAGCGUUCUUUUGGAUUUGUUGGGGGAAUGCCUUGUGGAUUUGGCCAGAGAGGUAAAUUGA